AGCUUAUAUAAACUCGCUUCGCUUUCAGUCGGAGAUGGAGAAGCAUUACUCAAAAAUAAAAAUGGAGUGUUGUAAGCUGUUGGGCGUUCUAGCCUUCAUCUGCUUUAUUAUUCCCGUGAUGUCAUCUUCCUCGGGGAGACAAUUUAAUGUUUGGUCGAAAUUGAGGGUGAAUUUGACCCGCAUAUCAGAGGGAGAGUCCAAUCUUACCGAGCGGUUGCAUGAGGCGGUGGAUCGAGGUAAGAAACGACUGAAUACGAUAGAGGCAUCUGUAAACCAGCAGAUAGCUGGGCAGUUAGACGCUCAAACGCCCAUUCGCAUAGGAAGCGGAGAAUUUCUGAUGAGCGUUGCAGUGGGCACGCCCUCGGUGAGUUUUGAAGCGAUUGUCGACACGGGGAGUGAUCUGAUAUGGACUCAGUGCCUGCCUUGCCAGAACUGCUACAAUCAGCCUACGCCAAUCUUCGACCCCUCCCAAUCGUCUUCCUAUUCCACAGUUCCUUGCACUGACUCUGUUUGUGAUGCUUUGGGGGUUUCCAAAGUGGAUAAUCCAGAUUGCACCUUCGAUUAUACGUAUGGCAGCGGUGAGACUAGCGGUGACCUGGCUUACGAGUCAUUCUCCAUUGGGAGCGGCAGCGACAGCAUGGUUCCAGGACUUGCUUUUGGAUGCGGCCAUGAAAACCAAGGAACAGGAUUAUCACAGGGCGGCGGUCUUGUGGGCUUAGGAAGAGGUGCUCUCUCACUUAUCUCACAGUUAGGCUCCAAGGUAGACAACAAAUUCUCUUACUGUCUCUUGCCCAUCACCGAUUCCACUUCACAAACCAGCCCUCUCAUUUUCGGUGAGGGUGCUUCCUUGAGCGGAGCCAACACGAUCCCACUCAUUAAGAACAGUAAUUAUCCUUCCUUCUGGUAUAUUCCUGUCACAGGAAUCACCCUCAAUGGCAACCCCGUAAACAUUCCUACUGGAACUUUUGAUCUGCAAUCGGACGGUAGCGGAGGCAUGAUCAUUGACUCGGGAACCAGCUAUACCUAUUUAAUCGAGCCUGCCUACACUUCUGUCAAAGAAGCAAUUCAGUCCGCCAUUGAUCUUACUCCUACAGACGGCUCUUCUGUGGAUCUGGAUCUGUGUUACCAGACAUCAGGUCAGGUCACCUUGCCUACUCUAAUCUUCAACUUCGAGGGUGGCGUGGAUUACGUGCUUCCAGCAGACAACCUUUUCAUUCGUGUAUCUGACGAUCUCUUGUGCCUCGCCUUGUUGGGAACAUCAAGGAAACUUUCCAUCUUCGGAAACGUACAACAGCAGAACUUCCACAUCCUCUACGACAAUGCUCAGAACACACUCUCCUUUAAGCCCACUAAAUGUGAUUCUCUUUAAAUUAUCAUCACCCUCUUCUGCUUUGUCUUUCUCUACGUCUGCCACUGCCGCUUCCUCUUCCUGUGUUUCUGUCUUGGUCAUUUUCUUUCAAUUUCGAAUAUAAAGCGUGGUCCAGUCUCCUAUGUACGCUUUCUGCACUGCAUAGUAUAAUUUCCAAUCUGAUAUCAUCGAGUAUGUAUGUUUCCUUCAGUGCCUAAUAUAAUAUGUGAUA